AUGAGGGUAGACAACACAUACCCUCUUUGCAACAAGAAUGCAGAAGACGAAAGUCGCCUUUUCAGAGAUUGUCAGGUUGUAAGCCAUGUGUGGAGAGCGUUAGAUUUGGGGAUUAACACACAACAAGACACAAGCAUUGUCAUCCAAGAUUGGAUUACAAACUUCAUGAACUGUAUGUGGAAGGAAGACGAGCCUAAUAGCUCGCACGCAUCCAAUUUCGUGGCCAACUUUUGGGGCAUUUGGCUCCAUAGGAAUGCAGUGGUUUUUAGAAAUCUUACGCCGCACCCGAGGAGCAUCCUAGAAAUAACAAAGAAGGCAUGUACUGACAACGAGGAAGGGAUUGAAAUUAGACAACGAGAAGCUGAGAAGAAAAUCCGGGAUCAGAACAUCCACUCAAGGCCGGUUGUAAUUCUGAAGGGUGAUUUCAAUACGUCUGGUUUCAAACUGCUGGUGGAUGGAGCAUGGAAGAGGAAGAAAAAUGGAGACUCAGUGGUGGCAAUUGGUUGGAUUAUCAUGCAUGACCAAAUCACAAUAGCCAAGGGAGGAGGAAGAAUUAUAGCCUCCUCAGCUAUACAAGCUGAAGGGUAUUCCAUAUUGAGAGGCCUCAUUGAGGUGACACAAAGAAAUAUCAAACAAAUCACCACACUCUCGGACAAUAGAGUGAUUUGCAGCCUGCUCAAGGAAGGAAGAACGGGUGCUCUUGAAAUUGCUGGAAUCCUAGAAGAUAUUAGAGUCACUGCUGUAAUGUUUGAUUUCUGUUCUAUAGUUAAUGUAUCGCGUAACAAUAUUACACCUGCCCAUGACCUAGUUGUAGCAGCUAGAAAACAUGGGAUGGUGGCGUAG